GCGGCCAACACCAGCAACAACAGCAAGUCAAGAUACCACCGGUAACAAGAACAUGGCACAUGACGUCUGUGUCCGACUGCAGCCUGGAGCGAUGCCAGCAGAUCUGCGAGGAGCACUAUGGAGCCACCAAGCUUGACGUGACGGGGCGUUGCGACGGCGACGGCUGCAACUGCGAGUACCGAGAACCAUGCAGACAGAUGCCAUGCUACCAAAGCUGCCUGCGUACCAAGCCCGGAAAGCUGAACCUCAAGGCGAACUGCAUCAGACACGAAUGCUUCUGCAAAUGGGAUAACUACUGUGAGGCGUCAACCUGUGAGGCGUUGUGCCUCAGGGACCACAAGGGAAAGGAAGGAGUGAGGGGUCUCUGCGUCGGCGAGGACUGCAGCUGCAGGUGGAACUGAAAAUAAGGAUAAAAAAACACAGACCACUUUUCUGGCCUGCGUUCCAUCUUCUCGAAAGAAGCAUACCAGGAACUUCCGUCGCAAGUGAAGUCUCUCUUACGUUCUGUAUUUUUUGCUUGCUCAAUAAAACUUAUUUUCGAUUCCAC